AUGGGAGGAGGCAGCGUGAUGGUUUGGGCCGGCAUCGGUUAUUUCGGCAAGACAAAUUUCAAGUUCAGCAAUGGGAGAAUGAAUAGUGUCCGAUACAUAAAUUUAAUCAAAGAACAAAUAAACAAUCAUGCGGAACGCAUUUCUGGAACUGAUUACAUCCUUCAACAAGAUAAUGCAUCUGUACACACAUCAAGAUUGGUCCAAUCAUAUUUUAAUGAAAAUAAUAUAUCUAUUUUGCCGUGGCCUGCACGCUCCCGGGACCUUAAUAUUAUUGAAAAUUGCUGGGCAGAACUUGUUCACGAUAUAAAAGAUAUUCAAGAAACUGGUGCUGGAUUUUAUCAAUGUAAAAUUUUGAUUUCUUUGAAUAAUUAUGUAUCUGCAAAUGUUGAACUGCAAGUUCGUAAACCACCCAUUGUAAGUGACAAUUCAACCAGAACUAUGGUUGUUACUGAAGGACAGCCUGUGCAACUUGACUGUUAUACUGGUGGCUUUCCUGCACCUAGAAUCUCAUGGUAUAGAGAAAAUAAUGCCAUACUACCAACUGGUGGAUCAAUUUAUCAUGGUAAUAUAUUGAAAAUUCUUAUAAUUCAUAAGGAAGAUCGUGGAAUAUAUUAUUGUAUAGCUGAAAAUGGAGUAGGACAUGAAGCUAGACGUAAUAUUACUGUUGACAUUUUGUAUAUUUUGUGGAAUAUUUAUUGCCUUUUUUUAUGUAGAUGUUAUCAAAGAGUGAAAACAGUGAUUGAUUAUAGU